GAAUCUUAAGAUAAUACUAUCAGGUUAGUUAUUUUUCCUAUAAUAACUUGUUCAAUUGGCAUCAUUCUGCUUCAUGGACGCCGCGGUACACUUUUCGCCCAUAUAAAUUCGGCUUUUGGCUGGCACGACGCGUAUGAUUGGACACAAUGUCGUGUUCGGCAAACAACUUGCAACCAUCCAGUCGGAUGUUGGUCCGCUUUUCGAGUGGGCGUCGCAUGGCAACGGGAACUAGAGCGACAUGCUUUACCUUAUCGGCAAGCUUAUGACCAUCGACCCGAAUUGUCGGAUUGCGAAGUCAAAGAUGAAUUGGGACGAAAUUUGAGUGUCGGGAAUUAGUGCAGGUUGGGGCGAUUAUUGCCUAGUCAAUCGUACUAUUUAUUCCAGGCCAGAUUCACCAAAUGCAACACGUCGAUAUCGAUGAGUCCGAGACAAGUCGAUGACCUACGCAUUUUCCGUCAUUCCACAGUCGAGAUUUUUUUUGGGUUGUGACGUGGAUGCAAUUCGAGCAACAAACGAUUUCGACUAUUUAAGCUGGGAUUGAUUUUUGAACAUGUUUUCUGUUCUAAUUUUACCUGUUGAAAUCGCAUCGUUCAGCCCCAACUAACAUUUUUCUGAAUAGUCAACAAGAUGUUCUGCAAGCAAUUACUAGCGGCCGCUGCGGCGCUUAGCAUGGUGUCUGGUGUUGUUGGUGUAAGCUGUGAUGGCUCGUCGACAAUUUCAUCCUCUGCCGAUGCCACCGAAAUCGCCAAAUGUAGCAAAGUCGAUGGUGAUGUUAUUAUCGACGAGAAUGCCGGACCCGAUAUCGACAUUGGUGGAAAGCUACAGGAGAUUACUGGCGAUCUCAGGGCCGAGAACAACGGUCUUCUGGCUACUUUGAGGAGUGACUCUUUGGUGACUAUUGGGGGUAUCUUCGCCCUCAAGAACGCUACCCAUAUCUCUACCCUCAACUUCCCGAGCCUCAACGAGGUUGGUUCCAUUGACUGGUCCACCUUGAACUCGCUGCCUGAGCCCACCUUCGGAACCACCGGUAUUACGAAGGCGAAGAGUGUCGUCAUUGCUGAUACCUUUAUUGAGAGCAUCAACGGCAUUAACGUCCAGUCUCUUACUGACAUGAAUAUCAACAACAACCGACGGUUGACCAAGUUCUCUUCCAGCAUCAAGAGCUUGAGCAACACUCUAUAUGUCACCGCUAACGGUCUUAACCUCACCAUGGAGAUGCCUAACUUGGAGUGGAUCGCCAACAUGACCAUUGCCAACGUUACCUCCUUCUCGGUUCCUUCUCUGCACACUGUCAACGGUUCUAUGCGUUUCGACUCCAACUAUUUCGAGACAUUCAACGCCGCCAACCUGACUGAGAUUCAGGACGGUGAUUUGUCCUUUGUUAGCAACCCCCAACUCACCAACAUCACAAUCCCCUCUUUGAAGCGCAUCGGUGGUGGUUUCACUGUCGCCAACAACACGGCUUUGGAGAAGCUGGACGGCUUCGGCAAGCUCAACGAAAUUGGAGGUGCUGUCAAGGUCCGAGGUUCUUUCACUGAAGUCGAUCUCCCUAGCCUCAAGGAUGUGAAGGGUGCUUUUGAAGUUGUUAGCACUGAGGACAUCGACGACUCCUGCAGCACUUUGAAGAGCCUCGAAAGUGGUGUUGUUCAGGGUCACUACGAAUGCGAGGGCAAGGUUGCCGAUGCUAACAACGAUACCUCUUCCGCUUCCAGCGACGGCUCCGACAGCGAUAACAAGGACGACAAGAGCAGCGCAACCUCGCCCGUUGUCUCCACCAGCCUUGUUACCUUGGUUGCUCUUGGCGGUGCCAUCGCUGCUUUCUUGUAAUAACUGGACGUUUUGGGGCGGAACAUGGCGGCAUACCCAACAUUCCUUUUUCCAGUGUCAAAAAACCUAUUGUGAUUUGAGGAGUUGCAAUUUGCGACUAGGGCUACGUAUAAGGAACCGCUAGACUUAAUAUUGAUGCAUGUGCUACUUGGAAGAUGGUUUCGUUGUCAAUCGUGAUAUGGUUUUGAGAGCGGGUUCGUAAAUACCCUGGUGAAUCUGUUUUCCCCCUAUUCCCUGCUGUCUUGUAUUAUUAUGCAUGACCGUUAAUAUUCUCGAUUGUACUGAGUGUUAAUAUUAUGGCUGCAUGGGUGUAUUGUGGUCCGAAUAACGACAUUGACGUACUCUUGGUCUUGAAGCAAAUAUGGGUUCUCAUCCGAAUGCUUCAUACUAUACUAUACGCAACAUGAAUACACACGACUUACUAUAAAUACCUAUUUAAUAACUAGUUCAAAUACCUAAUUUUAGUACUCCAAG